AUGGCGGCGUCGCUAAUGGGGCAAGUUCCUCAUGAUGCGGCGCCAGAGAGGUCCCCGUUCGACCUCCCAGCCGGGUGUGAAGAUUCGAAGCCUCCUCCCUCCCGCGACGUCACUUCCAAGCUCGAAGCACCCAAUGACACGACCGCCGAUCGACUCCAACCGGCCUCCGUAAGCGGCUACAUAACAGUAUCUGACGAGUACAAUAAAAAAAGCGAACGCGAAAAGCAAAACGCCGCGAGCUCUCUUUUGGCGCAACUCCUGGCUAGCAAGCCCCUGGCUAAAUCUCCCAAAAACGCGCCUGUAUCCGACCAGGAUGAUUCACUUGUGAAUAUGCAGAUUGAUGCAACAUUCCAUGAUUCUCUUAAUCCGCCAACCCCUUCACAAAAUCUCGAAACAGCCCUGGAAAACUUCUCUGCUGACCAGAUUGCUUUGGCCACAGCUACUGAGGCUUCCAUUGCAUGGGGAACAAGCGAUAUACCUAAAGCUUCGGAUGGCGAGGCGCUUCAAGAAGAGGGCUCUCAAGAAGACAGUAUGGAGAGAGAACACAAUCUACUGCUGGAUGCUAUUCAGAGCAGCGCAAAAGCCAAUCCGGACUUGAACCCCCUCUAUUCGGAUUUCACUCCAAUUCGAGCGCCCAGCUCUGCAAAGGAGGCAUUGUUACAAAACGAACUGUUCACAAACGCGUAUUUUGGUGCAGUCGGCGGACCCACACCUAGGAUUGUUGGGUAUCCCGAAUUGCCCUCACAAAAAGAUGCGAAGGGCGUUCUCAAUGAUUCUGAAUCUGUGUCCGGGUCCGAACCUAGGAUUCAAGCUUUUGCAAAGCUGGAGUUUGACGAUGGGCACUUUUAUGUGAACACUUACUCCUUCAUCUUAGGGCGAGAUGUACGUGCUGCCCGCGCGGCUUUCCAGCGAGACCUACAAUCGAAGAAUCAAAUAAAACAUGCUGGAAAUGGGAUCCACACCCCAAGUCGACCAAAGACCGAUGGAAACCACACAAUCAUGGGUAGUGUGAUCAGUGAUACAGGUGGUAUUAUGGGGUUCGACCCAGACGUUCCUCAACAUUGCCCCCCUCAAAUGAGCUGGAAAUCAUCCAACUCUUCUAAUGGCCAUCACAACCACCCGAUAUUACAUAUGUCACAGGCAGAGCCCGACAUGACGGCUCCAGUCGAACCUCCAAAAGUCAUGAAGGAUUAUAACGCUCUUGCGAUGGACUCAAUGCCAAAUGGGAGACAGCCGCGAAGAGUAGAUACACUGUCACUAUUGCCAACUCCUGACUCCUGCCCGAUCAUCCCGAUCCAUCCCCCUUCGUCAAAUAACGGUGCCCCCUCGUCCCAUCGUGGCAUAUCGAGAAAACAUGUUAAAAUCGCAUAUAAUUUUAAUAGAAACGUUUUCGAGAUGGAGGUUAUGGGAAGAAAUGGUGCCUUUAUAGGAGCAGAUUGGCUCGCACCUGGCCAAAUUCGACCACUUCAUAGCGGUGAUUUUAUACAAAUUGGCGGCGUUCGAGUGAGGUUCUUACUUCCAGAUGUUCCUAUUGGAGAAACUGGGUCCGAAAUGAUAGAAUCCCCAUUGCUGGAAACGAAAGAUGAAGAUUUGCCAUUACCUGAUGAGGCAGAUGAAAAGGUGGAAAGCGAAGCAGACAAUGUCGAAAAUUCUGAUGGAGAGGAUCUAGAUGGAAACGAGGCCGAGAAGACUAAGGCUAAGAAACUUACUGUUACUGUAUCCGAAUCAAGGAUGUCUGUCGAAGAUAAUGCCAGCUCCUCUCAGCCAAAUCGUCGUCGUGGCCCUGGUCGUCCCCCGAAAGACGGGAUAAUGUCAAAGCGUGAACGCGCUGAAAUAGCUCGUGAGCAAAAAUUAGCUGCGCGCCGUGAGGCUAAUGGUGGAGUGACACCUCCUCCUUCAUUGAACAAGGCCAAGCCGUCGAAGUCUGGUAAAGAAGCAGCACCGGAAGAACCACCGACCGUGAAGCAAGAGAAGCGAAAAUAUACUAAACGGAAGAAACCUGACUCUGCACCUGGGGAUUCAGUUGUACAAUCUAUAGAAUGUGCCAACAGUAAUGUGGAAACGGCACAAGACGAGCCAGUCAAGCCAACACCAAUGAAGAAGCGCAAGCCUUCCCGGUCGCCUUCACCUGAUUAUCCUCCGGAGAGCUUUUAUACACCCAAAGAACUCUCAAAACCGCCUUACAAUUAUGCUGUAUUGAUUCACGACGCAUUAUCAGACUCACCGACUCCCAUGACAUUGAAACAGAUAUACCGUGCCCUGAAGCUGAAGUACCCGUAUUUUCGAUUUCGUUGCGAAACGGAGGGCUGGACUUCAAGUGUGCGCCAUAAUCUAAAUGGCAAUACUCAUCUCUUUAUGCAUGCGGAAAGAGAUGGUAAGGGGUGGUCUUGGAAAUUAAUCCCUGGUGCAUCUGUGGACAAAGAGAAAAAACGUCGUCCUUCGCCGCCUCCGCAGGAUAUUUCUCACCUCAAUAAUCAGCAUUUCAUACAACCGACGGCACCACCGUAUAAUGUACCUCACCCUAUAUCCACACAACAUCCACCUCCACAUUAUACAUAUCAGGCUGCGCCCCAACAAGCUCCUAUGGCACCUCCACCUCCCCCGCCACCAGCCCCAGCUCGACGUAUCAAUUCCUUUCCCUUCUUGUCGUCACAUCUACCCCAGAACACUUCCUUGAAUGAUUUGCCGAUUCCAUUUUCAUUCCUCAGUUCUCCAACCUAUCGCUCGCCAUAUUCUACCACCCCCCCACCGCUUCACUUUCCAUAUCCGCGAUAUCGACGGCCUCUGCCACAGCCGCCUUUACCCCCACCCCCUCCACAACGACGACAGCCACCGCCUUCCCCAGUGCCGCCCCCACCUCCUUCACAAACGUACAAUGCUCCAAGUAUUAUUAAGUUUCAGACUCAGCCAUACACCCCAACCCCGCAUCCUACACAAACUCCUAUCCCGCCAACACCUCCUCCACCGCCACAGAUUCCAGUCACACCCCCAGUACAAGCUGCAACCUCGGGUUCUUCUUUGUCUUUGAAAGAAGACCCUGCAUUCCUAGCUCGAGCCAAUCAGGCCAUAGAUAACUUCGAAGCUGUCCUCAUGGAAGACUAUGAGGACCAAGAAUAUAUUAAGAAUGUGUUGAGAAGUGCUCGAAAUCGUGUGCUCAACGGCGCAAAGGAAAGCUCUUUUCCCGGCGGUGAACCAAAGGAUGAGGCCGUUAUCAUUGAUGCUCUAAAAGGUAUCAUAGGUCAGCUGACUGAAGGGCAAGGUCAAUCGGGAAUCGGCUAA